ACUGCGUUCUGCGCGGAAUGCAUGAAGGGAGACGGAUCCGAUCGCCACUCUGUGUACCGCCACAAUCUGACUUCUGUGAGCGUCGCGCACUGUGAAGAGCACGGAGGUGAAGUGGAUGAUGGCCAUGCCAGCGGAACACUGAGCUGCUAUGGAACAGAGGUGAACCAGUUCUUUCGCACCCGAGGAUACCGCACAAUCAAAACACAACAUCAUGGGGAAUUCAUAUGCCGGGCAGCUGAAGUCUGCCCGCUUUGAGGAGGCUCUGCACAACUCCAUCGAGGCGUCGUUGCGCUCAAGCAACGGAGACCCUCAGCCCAUAUUCACUCAGCUUUACCUUGAACCAGACCAGUAUCCAAGCAACCUGGAGGAUAUCAAACCCAAAGGGGAGCUGAGCCUGUUGUCGGCGGAGAGCAACGGUCCUCUCCUGGUCAACAGUCAGACCUCUCCUGACAUGGAUGACCUGGAGGAUGAUGACGAGUCAGACAGCAGCAGCCCACCACUGCCAUACCUGCAGGGCCUACCCCCCGACGGAUGCUGCCUCAUGGAUGGCUUCUGUCAGGCCGGAAAGGACCUGCGACUGGUCUCCAUGGCAACAGAAGCUAUCGACGUUCCGCCUGGAUUUGAGCUGGUGGGGGCUAAGUCCCCCAGCAUCCCGGAGCACAUACUGGUUUGUGCUGUGGACAAGCGCUUUCUUCCGGACGAGAAUGGCAAAAAUGCACUUUUAGGAUUUUCGGGAAAUUGCGUGGGCUGCGGGGAGAAGGGCUUCCGAUACUUCACUGAGUUUUCCAACCACAUUAACCUGAAGCUGACCACUCAACCCAAGAAGCAGAAGCACUUAAAAUACUACCUGGUGAAAAACUCUCAGGGUGCUCUGUGCAAAGGACCUUUAAUAUGCUGGAAAGAUUGUAAGAUGAGGCAGUUCUUCAGCAGUGCCUCUUCCUCCAAACCCAGCUCUUCUUCCUCGCUGAGUAGCAAAGAGAACGGAGGGACCAAUGGCCACAGCUCUUCGCCACUCUCCAUCACAGAUUCACCCCCGGCCAGAGUCCAGUCGAGGUCCUCUUUCGGAGGCCAGGACCUGAGUCGAGACUGCAGUAGCUUCAUCAAGCCACUGGCCACACAGGGUACAAAGACACUGCCAAUAGUCCCUACUGCUCUGCGGGUGAAUGGCCUAACCAAUGGACUAGGCGCAGAGGGACGGCCUGUGCAGCUUAGCCCAACGCAGCUCGCCCCUCUGGGGUUGACCCCACAGGCCUACCGCCCUGUCGAACCAGGUGACAGCCCAGCCUCUUCAGCCAUGACCUCUGGGCCCCCUAAGAAGCGUCACCGCAGCUGGCACCCCACCUCGGUCGUGCCGGUCCCCCCCUCCACCGCUGUUCCCGUCCCCGCCAUCCGACCCAUCACCUGUGGCCCAGGCUCUCUGUUGGCCUUGUCUGGCCCCCAGUCGCCGUCGGUGUCAGGGGUUAUACAGCCCCAGCCAAUCACGGCAGGAGAGACCGUCAUUGUUCCCGACAACUUGCUCAACAUCUCUGGAGUCCGGCCCGUCAUCCUAAUAGGCCAAGGCACCUUACCAUAUUUCUAUGGCAAUGUGGGAGACAUCGUAGUGAGCCCCCUGCUGUUGAGCUGCUAUAAGGGCAGCCAGCUGCCAGAGAAGACCCUAGAAAACCUGGGCAUGACCAGCAGCCAAGUCCUCACCGUGGAAACCAUGGCCCUGCUUACCUUACAAUACCUCUCCCGACUAGGUCCUGAGCAGAUCCCUCUGCGCGAGGAGUUUGAACAGAUUGUGCUGAAGGCCAUGCUGUGUGGGCCCCCGGGGCCUCCCGUGUCUCCGGCGCAGCUGCCCUGGCUCGCCCGGGUCGAGGCUAGCGUCUCCAGCGGCACCGUGCAGGUCCUGGUGACCCACAAUUCCCUGGGAGAGGGCAUCUCGGAGUCGCUGCGCUCCCUCAGCGAGGGCCCGCAACAGCAGUGCCUGCCCAACUACGUGCUGAUCAUCUGCGCGCCGAAGAUGAGCGGGAACGAGUUCUGUGUCCUCGUGCUGGGAAAAUACCAAGCACGUGCUCUGGCAGAGGGCAUGCUGACCACCAACGAGUUCCUGAAGGAAAUCAGCUAUGAACUCAUCACAGGCAAAGUCAGCGGCCUGGCGUCACAUUUCCAAAGCACCUCUUUAGGGGACAAUCUGGAGAAGCAGCUGAUCAAGUACCAGCGCCGGCGUAAGGAGCAGGUCAUCCAGCCGUUCCAGGGAGACGUCACAGACUACAUCCACUCCACAGAGGCAGCUGCCAUGGUGCCGGCCAUGGAGACAGACCUGCUGAGUGAGGUGUUCCAGAUCUACCCUCCGCAGCUGAGUGUGGCGCGGAGCCUGCUCUCCCAGGUGUGCUCCAUCGCCGACUCCGGCAGCCAGAGCCUGGACCUGGGACGCUUCUGCAAGGUGGACUUCCUGGUGCUGGUGCCGCCGUCGCACGUGCUGGUGCACCAGACCGCCCAGCGCAUCAGACAAUCAGGUGUUUUGGUGGACCUUGGCAUGGAGGACGCCGCCUCAGCCAUGCAGAAGUCCGAUAAAUAUGUGGUGCGACUGGACACUGACGUGCACAUCAACAUGGAGGCCUUCAUGAGGAAAGUCAAGCAGAACCCGUACACCUUAUUCGUCCUCAUCCACGACAACUCUCACGUCGACCUUACCAGCGCCCUCUCUGGCUCCGUGUGCCAUGGCGAGCUGCAGGGCCUGGCCGACCGGGUGAUCAACUGCCAGGAGGUGCUGGAGGCCGUGAACCUGCUGGUGCUGCAGGUCAGCUGCUUCCCCUACACGCUGCAGACGCGCCAGUCCCGCAUCAGCAUCCACAACGAGGUGCACUGGCCCAGCCGCGACACCACGGGUGAUCUGUCUCCAAAAGACCUGAUGUACUUUGGCCUGAGUGACUACAGCAGUUCUCUGCAGUGGGGGGUGGCUAGUCCAAUUCUGCGCUGUGACAAUGCUUUUGAGAGGAUGGUGAACACGUUACUGGAAAGGCACCCUCACCUGCACAGCAUGGUGAUCCGCAGCUACCUGCUGAUCCAGCAGUACACGGAGGCCAUGAUGGCGCUGACGGUGGCCCCCUCGCUGCGGGACCACGUGACGCCCGAGACCCUCACCAUGGUGGAGGACCUUAUCAGCGGCCCGGGACGCAGCAGCAAGGGCCGGGGACACAUGCUGCUGGUGCGCGUGCCCUCGCUGCAGCUGGCCAUGAUGGCUCGGGAGCGUCUGGAGGAGGCCAGGGACAAGCUGGGCCUGGAGUACCGCUUCGCCGUGCUGCUGGGCAGCCCUGCCACAGAGCUCAGCCUGCCCAGACACUUCUGCAACCGACUGAAGGCUUGGCGGGGCUGUAAGAAUGAGGACUGGGUGCCACAGACCUACAAAGACCUGGAGGGCUUACCGUGCAUCGUCAUCCUCACCGGCAAGGACCCACUAGGAGAGACCUUCCCCAGAUCGCUGAAAUACUGUGACCUGCGUCUCAUCGACUCGAGCUACCUGACCAGGACGGCUCUAGAGCAGGAGGUGGGCCUGGCCUGCACCUAUGUGACCAAAGGAGUGGUGCCCGAGCCCAGAGGCAGGACGGCAGAGGAACAGGAGGAGGUGAAGGCCUCCAGCCCUGCGGACGACAACCAGAUGGACCUGGAGAGACCUCACAGCAAUGGCAGCGCUGUCACAAGGGCCUCAGGCUCUCUGACUGAGAAUGGCGUCAGCUCUUCCGGAAUGCCCGACACCUCCCAGAAGGCCCCUCUCUCUUCAAACUCGUCUUCCCUGACCGAGACGGGCAGCAGCGGCACCGAGGAAGCCAGCUGCUCGCCCCGCCACGUCAAGCAGGAGUGCGACUCCCAGCCAGGCUCCUCCACCUCGGCCGUCCCAGGCCCCCUCUCCUUCUGCUCCUCCUCCCCGUCCUCCUCCUCCCCCUCGUCUUCCUCCACCACGCAGCGGCCCAGCCAGUCCACGCAAGCGCACAGGCACAGCUGCAGCACAGCUCGGGCCCACCUGUACCCGCGCACGGCUGUCCUGUCGCGAGCGGCCUACUCUCUGCUGGCUCCGGGUGCCCAGGACCAGGCCAGCUCCAAGGCCCUGCUGCCCCAUGCCGAUGCUGCCUGGAGCAGCCCCCUGCGGCCGCCACUGCCCCUGCAGCUGGGUGGCGUGGAGCAGUCGCUGUACUACAGGCAGUGGACCUGUGCUAGGAAGCACCACGCUGACGCGGAGGGGCCUGCCAUGCCACACCCGAGGCGCCUGCUGCUGAGUGGGCCCCCACAGGUGGGGAAGACAGGUGCUUACCUGCAGUUUCUGAGGAUCCUGUUCCGGAUGCUGAUCCGCCUGCUGGAGGUGGACGUGUAUGACGAGGAGGACCUGGAGGAGGACAUAGCCGAGGGCUCGGGCGAGACCCCCACCACCGUCACCAGGUGGCCCGACGUGGAGGAGAUGAGGAAGAUGCCCUUCGACCCCUACCCCCGGGACCCCAAAUUCAGGAUCUCCAGCCCCUUGUAUUCGGAGAAAAUGCCUAACAAAGCUAAAGGGUUGAAGACUGAGGCUGGGAGCCAAACGCCUGCCAAACGGGACACCGUGUCCAUUAGGCUAAGCACAUACGCGGCCCACAAUGCCUUUCACCACUGUGAGCACUGCCACCACUACUGCGAGGCUGGCCCUGCCACCCAGCUCUCGGACUGCACCUUCCAUGCCUUCACCUUCUGCUCCUCCAUGCUGGGGGAGGAGGUGCAGCUGCACUUCAUCAUCCCCAAGGCCAAGGAGCGCCACUUCAUCUUCAGCCAGGAGGGGAGCCACCUGGAGAGCAUGCGCCUGCCCCUGCUCUCAGAUAAGGACGGUGGCCUGAAGAGCCCAAUCUUCACGCCCACCACGGGUCGUCAGGAGCACGGUCUGCUGAACAUCUACCAUGCCAUGGAGGGAGCUGACCACCUGCACAUACUGGUGGUCAAGCAGUACGAGAUGCCCCUCUACAGGAAGUACUGGCCCAACCACAUCCUGCUGGUGCUGCCCGCCAUGUUCAACAGCUCCGGAGUGGGAGCGGCCCGCUUCAUGAUUAAGGAGCUGUCCUACCACAACCUGGAGCUGGAGCGUAACCGGCAGGAGGAGCAGGGGGUGCGGAGACAGGACGUCUGGCCCUUCAUCGUCAUGAUGGACGACUCCUGCGUGCUGUGGAAUGCCCAUUACUACGCGCAGGACAGCAGUGGCGCCCCGGAGGUCACCAGUGUGUCUCUGAAGACGGUGCUGCGGCACAUGGAGAGCACCCCGAAGAUCGCCAUGUACGCCACGUGCGGCGCCCGCAAGUGGAGCAGCGGCCUGGCGUCCCGACCCACCGCCGCCCCCUUCUCCCGCUGCCAGCUGCACGACUUCAUCAUGCUCAACGUGGACCUGACGCAGAACGUCCAGUACGACCUCAACCGGUACACCUGCGAGGAGGUGGACUUCAACCUGAGGGCCAACAGCAGCGGCCUGCUAGUCUGCCGCUUCAACCACUUCAGCUUCAUGAAGAAGCACAUCCCCCUCGGAGGACACAAGGACUUCCUCAUCAAGCCCAAACUCAUGGGCCUGGAGGGCUCCACCCCGAUCAGCGCCUCCCAGUACGUGUGCGCCCCCGACAGCGAGCACACCCUGCUGGCCGCGCCGGCCCAGUUCCUCCUGGAGAAGUUCCUGGGCAGCUGCAGCCACCGGCUCUUCCCCAAGGCCGUCUACAACCCCAGCAACCCCGUGCUGUCCAUCGACAGCUACCUCAACCUCGGCCCUGAGGUCUCGGUGUGCUAUGUGAGCUCGAGGCCCCACUCUGUGAACCUGGACCAUCAGGGCCUGGUGUUCAGUGGCCUGCUGCUCUACCUGUGCGACUCCUUCGUGGUGUCUGGCCUUCUGAAGAAGUUCAGAUUCUUGAAAGGAGCCACGUUGUGUGUGAUCUGCCAGGACCGUAGCUCCCUGCGGCAGACCAUCGUGCGUCUGGAGCUGGAGGACGAGUGGCAGUUCCGCCUGCGAGACGAGUUCCAGACGGCCAACUGCAGCGAGGACCGGCCCCUCUACUUCCUGACCGGCCGCCACAUCUGAUCCGACUGACCCCCGUCACCCCUUCCACCAACUCCCCCCAUCCCCACCGUCCCCUGCUCUACAACCCCGGCCCCACACUGUCCCUACCCCUGUGGGGACGCAUGGAGAGACGAGUGACAAACACAACUCCUCCACCCCCCACACCCCCCCUGCCGUUCCAAAAACCCCUCCCCGUGUCACAGAGACAGGUGGAGAAACAGUGGGGGCACAGGUGGUGCCUUUUCCGUCUCUCCGCCACGGCAGUGACUAGAGGCAAGCUAGCGUGUGGGGGGGGUGCAGCCUGCAGCCCGCAGCCUAGCACAGUCACUCACUUGCUGAUGGAUGUGUUGUGUUGACAUGUGGGCAUGUGGGCAGUGGACUUGGUAGUGACCCUUGACACCUCUACGUCUUCUUAUACAGGGCAAGGCUUGACAUUGGACCAACACGAGGUUUCACUUCUCAUGUCCUGUCCACGCGUGGCCAGCCUAUUGACUGGCCUUGCCUUGCCCCUCUAUGUUACAUUUCUAUCAGAGCUGCUUUUUUUCCAGAUGCUCGUCACAAUUGCUUUUUUUGUUGUUGCUUUUUUUGCGACGAACUCCCCCCAAAGACUCACGCAGACACUGUGAGCAGCUAUUUUGAAAGAUUGUAAACCUGGUCCUGUUUCCAGGUUCUCGUGGUAUAUCUCUGGUGGGAUAUACACUUUAUCUCAGGGUUUCGCCUAGAAGGUUAUUACUAAUGCUUUGCUUUAUUCUGCCAUUAGAGCUCAGUAUUGGCCUUUCCUAGCACAUUGUCCAGGAUCCUUUAUUUUAUCGUUUUGACUCAUCAAAGACUCUUCAACUUCUUAUUCCUUUAAAAAAAACCUCAAGAUUUUAGAUCCCCCGUCGGCUAUUUGUUAUUUUUUGCAUAUUAUUAUGCAGUUUAUUCUGCUGUUCCAGCUUGGAUGUGAACUUAGUCAAUCAGUAAUUUAAUCAUAGUGAAUGUUCUGGAGGACAAGCUGGCAGCAACGACAAUGAAUGUCCCAUUCACAAGCUUGGUGAACUCCGAAAUCAUGCUGAAACUCGCGAUCAAUCCAGAGAGAAAUCAACCCCUUUGCUUUAACACAAGACUUUAAGUAUUUAUUUUACACGUUCAGCCUUUCACAUUGGAAAAGAUGAAAAUAGACUGUGAUUGUCUUUUCAUCCAGAGACAGAGAGGAACUCAUGGUCUUGCAUCAUACAGUACAUAGUUCAGGGUUACUGUCAGUGUUGUAUCUAGGAGCUGCUGAUGCUGAUGGCUCCUGUUGUGUGUGAAGAUCAGUCCACUGUUACAGACCCAUCGUAUCACUCUCUUCUCUGACCACUGUGCCUUCAUAAUGUGGCAUAUCCUGGAGACCAAUCUUGACUCCUUUCUCAACCUCUCACAAAAAAAACGUUCCCUUUCGCUGUGAACACGCUCACUACCUACCAUUGUGACCACUGAAUUCCGAAAUUCCUAUCUUUGUAUGGUUAUAAAAUGGUCAAAUGUUGACUGUUGCAUACUUAAAGGGCACCAUAGUUUGACGUUUUGUCCAUGUAUCUGAUGCUUUGUCACACCUGUGUGACUUACUGCCAUUGUGUUUCUGAUGAUGUACUAUGUGCCUGUGCUUCAAUUGACAAGUGUUGCCCACCGUCACAGCUUGUGCCUGAACGUGUUGCCGUACCGCUUCAGUGGCAGCCUUGCAAUCUGUAUGACCUGACCUGAAACAGUCUGGUACCACUGUUUGCAAUGUUGGGGGGAAAAAUAUGUGGUCUAGCUUUUAACUUUGAGAAAGUAGGCCCUGUAAUCAGUUUUAUAUAGGGAAAACACGGUUAUGUUAGAAGGGAGCAAAAUUUCCAUUUUUUUGUUUUGUAAUGUGCAAAACUUGUUUACAUGUGAAAGUUGUCUAUUAAUAUAUAGUAGUCUGACCUUUCCCCCCCAAAUUGUGGAGAUUGACAUUGUUACUGUUGAGUCACUUUGAACCGAACGUAUUGAUGCUUACACGUUUCAGCAUUCUGUGUUUUACCUAGGCACAAAGAAUCUACCUAAGAUUUCUUUAUACCAUUCUUUUGUAACCUGUUUUUACUGUUUGUUGGCUUGUAUUUAAUAAUGAACAGCAGUCCCCUUUUGAGGGAUUCUUAUUUAUUGUCCCGGCCAGUUUGGACUGAUAAUCAGGAUGUCAACGUUUAGUGUUGCCUGUGCACUAAGCUUAAAAAAAACUGAAGAAAAAAAUCAAGAGGGUACCAAAAAAAAAGAUCUGUAGAAAAGGAUUACUCGAAGACAAAGAAAAAAAUGUGAACUUGCACUAAAGAGAAAAGAGGCCAAAAUUAUACAGAUCUUAGCACACAGUCUUGAGCUCGCCUAACAAAGCCAGAGAACACCUGCAAACAGUGGAGAAGAAGACCACACGCCCCGCCUGAAAAACAUUGUGACCCCUAGAAUGUGUCUUGUAUGUAGAUAGUGUCGUGCACAUAACUUAUGCAAUUUGCUUUUCACAAUCUUCACAGAAGUAUUUAUCUGCUGUGCAUACAAAGAUGACUCGCUGCAGGCCUUGCCAUUAAAGAAAAACUGUCUACCUCAUUAACUGCCAUUAUGGUUGUGAGUUAAUCAACAUUUAACUAUGGAAAUAAUUCAACUUUUUUUGUUUAAAUGUAUGAAUGUA